UGUGCGUGUUGGUUGCCCUUGUAGACAAUCAAACAUUGAUUUCAAGGUAGAUUGAAGAAAGAUAGGCCAACAGACAGACGGAAGUUAAAAAUAUCCCCUUAUUAUCAAACAUUGCAGCAACAACAACUACAACAAAAAAUCUACACUUUAGAUUGACACUGUUGAUACAAAGUAGUAAUAGCUUAUUAUUACUGUGAUAGAAAUAAUCACUGGUACAUAUCUAUUAUAUCUACACUCUCAAGAAUAGAUAUACUUUAUUAUUCAAUCAAGCAAAGGAAUACGGAGUAAAGAGGAUUUAAAAAAAAAAGAGACUAAUUCAAUGGAUUAUAUCUAAUUAUAUAAUUUUGCUUUCAAAUUGUGAAAAAAAACACAAAGGAAAACUUAUAUCAACUAUCAAUUCUGCUUGUUUCAUGGGCUAAACAUUAUUUAAAUAUAAAACAAAAACAAAAAUUUGUGAUUUUUAGGAUUUACUACUCAUAAUAAUAAUACCUAAUAACUAUUUCAUUUUAUUUAAAAUCUAUGUAGACAAAUUUUUUAAGCCUCAAUUCUUUUGUGGAUUUUGAAUAAUAAUAAUAAUACAAAUAAAAGUUGUGUGUGUAUGUAUCCAUUGGAUGAGUAUAUGUAUAUGGGAAGCUAACUGUUUUUAAAAUGUGUUUUGACCAACUAUUCACAUGCCCAAUUUAUCAGGAACAGCAUCCAGUUUACUGUUACCUUACAACAACAAUUCAGCUUAUUGGGAUAGCAGCAGAAUAAAUUACAACCUGGAAGACGAACAAGAAAUUGAUCAUUUUACUGCAGAUGAAAUAUUUCAUCCAGUUACAGAUUCAGCCAUAGAGACAGAAAGACUUGUCAUCAAUGUAAGCGGUUUACGUUUUGAAACACAAGUACGCACUGUAAGUCAAUUUCCCGAUACCUUAUUAGGUAAUCCGAAUAAACGUAACCAUUAUUAUGAUCCAUUGAGAAAUGAAUAUUUUUUCGACAGAAAUCGAUCAAGUUUUGACGGGAUCUUAUAUUUUUAUCAAAGUGGUGGUAGACUUCGACGACCAGUCAAUGUACCGAUUGAUGUAUUCAAUGAAGAAAUAAAAUUCUAUGAACUUGGUGAUGAAGCUUUAGCUAAAUAUCGUGAAGAGGAAGGAUUCAUCAAAGAAGAACCGAAAGUGUUACCAAGAAAUCGUUUUCAACGUAAAGUAUGGCUGCUGUUUGAAUAUCCAGAAAGUUCAUUAGCUGCUCGUAUACUGGCUAUUGGUUCAGUAUUUGUAAUACUUUUGUCAAUUAUAAUUUUUUGCUUGGAAACUUUACCACAUUUUCGUAGAUACAGAAUAAUGAAUCACUUUAAUUCUACAAUUUAUGAUGAAGAAGUCAUUUUUGUCGAGGAUGAUUUACCAACGAUUGAUCAACCAUUUUUUAUUAUUGAAACAUUUUGUAUAGUGUGGUUCAGUUGUGAAUUGUUGAUACGUUUUGCAUCAUCGCCAAAAAAGUUGGCAUUUUUUAAAGUUAUCAUGAAUGUCAUCGAUGUUGUCUCUAUUAUCCCUUAUUUCAUUACUGUUGGCACUGUUAUUAUUGAUGAUCCAAAACAACGUAAUCAAACCACAUCAUUAGCUGUGCUAAGAGUCAUCCGUCUUGUUCGUGUUUUUCGUAUAUUCAAGCUAUCAAGACAUUCAAAAGGGCUGCAGAUUUUAGGGCAGACAUUGAGAGCUAGUGUUCGAGAGCUAGGCCUGCUUGUCUUCUUCUUGCUUAUCUGUGUUAUCCUGUUCUCAUCAGCUGUUUAUUUCGCUGAAGCUGAUGAUGACACUUCGUUAUUUCGUAGUAUACCAGAUGGAUUUUGGUGGGCUGUUGUCACAAUGACCACAGUGGGUUAUGGUGAUAUGCGACCAGUGACCGUGUGUGGAAAGCUGAUUGGCUCUUUGUGUGCUAUAGCUGGUGUAUUAACGAUUGCAUUACCUGUACCGGUUAUUGUAUCAAACUUUAACUACUUUUAUCAUCGUGAAACUGAAUCCGAUGAAAAUUCGCAUUCUGUUACUUCGUCAAUGGAAAGUGACGCCGAUGAUGGCGGUGAUUAUGAUGGUGAAGAAAAGCAGAAACAUACGCGAUUUAAAGAUAUCUCUCACCAUAUGAAUAAUAAAACACAAAAAACAGUUAUUCAUAAAGACAGUAAUAUAAGUAAUCCGUAUGAUAUAACACCACCACCACCACCACCACAUGUUGCCUUGAAACAAAAUUCUAUUUCACCGAAAAAGUCAACACCAUCAACAUUUUUCUAGUUCAUAGCGCACAAUGAUCGCAUCAUUCAACUGAUUUUCUAAUUUUAUCCGCCAUCUGUAAUAUUUCUGUAAACUUUAGAGAUUAUGCUCAAAGACUGAAACGCAUGCAAAGCAAUUAUUGUUUUAUUUACUACAUAUAUAUUUAUGUGUAUAAAUACAUCUUUACAUUUUAUCUUCAGAAAACAUCUCUGCAUCGCAAAGUGAUGAUAACUGUAAAACUGAUUGCAGGUAUCUUAUUGCUGGAACAUUUCACUACUUUCCUUGGUAUUUAACACCUGUGUAUACUAAUAAAAAACAGCUACCUAUAAGUAGUGGUAAUAGAGAGACAAUAUGCUGUAACUAAGAUCACUAAGACCGGUUGACUGAUGCAUAGUCAAGGCAGUAAUUUCUACCAUUUCUAAUCCUUGUAUCAAUGAUUAACAAGCACAAACACAUAUAUAUAUAUAUGCGAAACAAAUAUUUUUAUUAAAACACUUAUUUCAUUAGAGUCCGUUUAUUAAAUCUAUUUUUUCGCUUCUUCUUGAAUCCGCGUGUCAAAGAACAGUAAUAAAGACACCAAUGGUUUUGUUUUCUUUCAAAGACAGACUUUUAAUGUUAAAAAGAAGUACUGUCAAACACGCACACCAAAUAAAAGUAAGGCAUCUGUAAAAAUAACACACUCAUUUUGAGGUAAGUCCUACUUAGAAAAAGAAAACACUUUCUAUUGACUCUUUUAUCCCAUAUAUAUGAGAUGUACUGCUACCUAUUUGAGUAC